AUGCAAAAACAGCGGAACAUAACUACCCAAGAAAAUUACCACCAUCCAAGAAAAAACACCAAGAAUCAUAAAAUCCAUGUGGUGAGCUCCAUGAUGGCACUCACAAUGUCCCCUGAGUUGGUCUUGAGGGCUUUGACCGCCUUUGACCUCGACACGCCAGCCUGUGUCAUCACAAGGUCGAUGUCCCUUGGCUCCACACCGGACUCGUCAACCUCCUCAUCAACUUCCUCCUCCUCCUCAUGGGCCCCAGACAAUGUAAGGCCAUCGGGCUUGGGCCCGGCAAGGCCCACAUCAGGCGCCCUGAACUGCUGGGCCGCCUGUGUCUGGAGCUGGGAGCUCAGGUCCUCGAGCUUGGCCUCCCCAAAUAUGAUAUAUGUGUCAGAGUUUGGGCUCUUGAACACGUCGGGCUUCGAGAUGAAAAAGAGCAUCUGCACCCCAAUAAAAAAAAAUUACUGA